UUAAAUGCAAUUAAUGUAGGUGAGGACAACGUUACACUAUCUACGUCAAGUAUAUUGAAACUUCGUGUACUCGAUGUAAACGAUAAUGCACCACUAUUCUUACCGCCAUAUAUACCUUCAGAAACAUCCUAUCUAAAUUUCAACGAUGAAUCACAAAAAUUUCUGCCUACGACCCAAGAAAAUAAUACUCGCGAAAGUACGGUAUCGGAUGAUUAUAAGGUUAAAUCAGACCAAAUUUCAAUAAACAAACAGUCAAAUUUUGACAAAAUUGAAAAUGGCUUCAUAACUUUGACAAAAGCGAAUAAAGCAUCCUUGUCUCCACGUAAUAAGGAUGAAGCUGGUCAUAAAUUUCCCAAACCUGAGCGCAACUGGCCUCGCGAACAGCAUGCUGCAAUUCAUCCAUUUGAUAGAAUGAUUAUGGUGUCAGAGGAAGUACAGCGUGGCGCACUGAUUGCACGUAUUUUGGCAAGCGACGCUGACACUGGAGAUAAUGCUCGACUUGCAUUCGACAUCAUUAACUGCAACCCAGUAGAGCAUCUAACUGAGCCAUUACGAAAUUAUAUGAUAGAAGAAGGCAUAGAUACGGACAAUGAAUUACUUCUCUUUCAACAAACACGAGAAAUGACAAUGAAAUUUAAGCCACUUCAUAUAAAGCAAGGAGUUGAUGAAUCCUUGAAGUGUUCAAAGGUCGUCAAUCAUCAAAAUAAUGAAGAAAAGGCGCAUUGGCCUCCCUUUAUCCUUGAUAGAAAAGAUGGAAGCUUGUGGAUCUCAGGACCUGUAGAUAAAGAGGCAAUCGAUUACUAUAAGCUAGAAGUGACCGUGCACGAUUUUGGUUCCCCAAAACGCCUGACAACUACGUAA